AUGUCGACAGCAUCUAAUCAAUCCCGAGGCAUUAAUCGACGCAUCAACAGCCUCCAGAAUGAAGCCCGACAUUCGCGCAGCCUCUCCGGGUCACGGAGGCGUCCCGUCAAUUCCUCCGCAGCUUAUAGCUAUGCUCUCCGUGUAGCUUACCUGGCACACCUCCUCCAGCCUCGAUCUCGUCGAGUACAAAAUGUACAAACGCCGCACAAGCCGAAACGAGCGUCGACGUCGUUCCAUGACCUGAUGAGCGACUUCUCACUGGUCAGGGAUUCCAAAAGUACGCGGUUUCCGCAUGGAUUCAUCGCAGAGCUUGAGAAGCGGUUGACGGGUGUUUUGAUCGGGAAGGAAAAACGAAAGGAAUACCAGGAUGCGUUGGUGGUUAGGACAUUUGCUGCGUUCUUGAACACGUUGAAGGAGCAGUCAUUCAAAAAGCGGAUGGAGAAAGAUCGACGCGCUGAAGACUUGGUCUUGAUCUUCUACUCGAAUGCAACCAAGGAACUUAGCAAAGGCAAGGACCCAGAUGAUGAUCACUGGAAGUUCAUGGUCGAUAGACAUGUUGCUCUUUUCGUCCGCUUGAUUUCGCUCAUCCUGAAAGAUAACGACUGGUCGAAGGAACGGCCCGAAUUGUCCAAUCGGUUGUCAGUCCUUGAGAACAAGUUACUUUCUCAAGACCAAGACUUAGUCCAGACAAAUGGGUCUGACCAGAAGACGACAGAGGUGGUGGCCCCGCUGAGCUACGACGUGAAGGACAUGCCUCUCGUGCAGCACGUCGCCAAGAUAUUUGGGAUGACCAACUCUCAGGUGCAAUCGGACAUCGACAAAAACAGAGCGGUUUGGACCGCGCAGGCAGCCCUGCAGGAUUUGAAGUCCUAUCAAGCUCACCUAAGUCUCAAAACCCGGAAGACCCUGGCGCAAGAAGACUUCGAGAGUGAUGAAGGGUAUGAACACUGGAAGAAGAGCGAGGGCCCUGAUCUGUCGCAAAUGAUGCUUGCCAUCGUUCAGUCCAAUCCGGAGCUCGCUAAGAAUACACCGGGUGUGCUUCCACGGUUCAACCCUGGUGCAGCGGAUUACAGUUCUGAUUCGAGUCCCGUGGAAUUGACUAGGUCGAACUCCGACAGGCCAACUUCAUACAUCAUUGACCAACCCGUGGACCUUAGUUCGUUAGCACUGAGUGACAACGGCGAUGCCUCGGAUGAGUCCGACACCUAUACGUACAUACCAUCAGACCCACGGGCUGCAUACAGAUUCAUCCUUACUCAGACACUGAAUCACGAUCUGAGGGACCGUGAGAUUGAAGCGAGUCAAGCUGACUCGGAAGCCCCGUCAUUCAAGCUGCUUUCGAAGCAGUCUACUGAGCUCUUGAAUGAAAUCUGUCUUCGCUGGCGAAUUCCCAGUUUCUCAAGGAUUGCUUUGUUCUUGGAUGUUGCCCGAGAGAAAUUCGUUGAUAAUGAGAUUGACUUGGAUACCCUCGACUCGGCAUUCACCUUUGUCAAGCAGUCGCCUGGGUCAGAGGGCAAGAAACGUAGCAGUUAUAUGUCUUCGGUUCUUUACGACAGAAAGAAAUGGACGAUCCACGAUCUUCUUUUGAUGCAACAGCUACUUUCCUCGCUCCACGAGGCUUUACUGCGGGAACUUUACGAUGUCAUGAUGGACUGUUUUGAAACGAAGCCUCGCCCGAUUGGUCCAGUUAUGUACGUGCUAGAGAGCCACGUCCAAAUGGACCCUAAUUAUACAGAGGAUGCCGAGGAUAUCGAUCGUUUUCGCACAUACGUUCAGGAAGGGCUCUCUCAGAAAGCGACGGAGAAGUAUCAGGAUAUUCUUGGUGAAACGGUGCCUGUGGAGCAGGAAAUCUGGCAACCAGACCAUGUUAUUCAGCUUGGCGAAACCAUAAUGAAACUUGGUCAGAAGAUUCGAAAGCGUUAUAGGAAUAAUCCGGAAAUUAUUGGGGUAAAUCCAUAUACUACUUUGCUGGCCAAUGUUCUCCCCAUCUUUGCAGAAGACGCUCAUGAGAUGGUGGUCAGAAUCAUGGAACACACAAAAGCAAAGGGAGAAGAAAUGGAUAUGCAAGACGGGUUUGACCUCUACAAGCAACUGGCAGCGAUACGUCGUGUUUUUGCCGAGACAUUGCCUGAUGUUCCUUUCCCGUUCCAUGUGGAAAGCCUACUUGAGGACUUUGUAUGGCAGUGGCUGCGCUUGACAGAAGCGAAGGUCUUGGACUGGGUUGAGCAGGCGAUCAGAAAAGACAACUUCGGCGUCCGGGGCGAUGGCUCAGAGGAAACAGUCCCCGAAGAGUACAGACAUAGCGUAUCUGCCAUCGACAUUUUCCGCUCGUUCAAUCAAGUGGUUGAGCAAUUGGUCCAGCUUGAAUGGGACGAUGACCUCGGAUAUGCCAAGUUCAUGACUGCUCUGUCUAAAUCGAUAAGCAAUGGAGUAGCGAAAUACUGUGAAUCGCUGGAGAAGAUGUUCUCCAGGGAGAUGGAUCGGCUGUCGCCCGAUCAGGAAGCAGCUAUGAACCAAACGGCCCAGGAAAAACUGAUGCAAUUCGCCAAAGAUACUUGGACAAAUAAGGAGAAAAUUGAGCCAUUCCAGUUCUUCCCUGAGUCCAUGGUCAAAUUGAAUAACAUUGAAUAUGGUCUCACCCAACUUGAUAAGCUUGAGCAUGAGAUUAACGUUGACGGUUGUGCUGAGGUAAUUGCACAGCAUGCUCCUCCCCAAUUGAGUAAGAUCCGCAAGUCGACGACCUACGUCUUCACAAUCAAGGUUGUGGAGGCCGAAGACCUUAAGGCAUGUGACAUGAAUGGACGGAGUGAUCCUUAUGUCGUUCUCGCCGAUGAGUAUCAAAGACGCAUCGCCAAAUCCCGUAUCGUUUACAACAACCUUAACCCUCGAUGGGAUGACGCAGUCGACAUCACAACCCAAGGACCCUUGAAUAUCAUCGCAACGAUCUGGGAUUGGGACGCAGUGGGUGACCACGACUAUGUGGGUCGUACAUCCAUCAAAUUGGACCCUGUGCACUUUAGUGAUUUCCUGCCAAGAGAGUACUGGCUGGAUCUGGAUACUCAAGGCAGGUUGCUACUUCGUGUCAGUAUGGAAGGGGAGCGGGACGACAUCCAAUUCUACUUUGGCAAGGCUUUCCGAAACCUCAAGCGGAGUGAAAGAGAUAUGACACGCAAGAUUACGGAGAAGCUGUCUGCAUAUAUUAGCCACUGUCUGUCACGGCGGACGUUGAAAUCUCUAUUGUCCCGCGGGCUUAGUAUCAGCACUGUUUCCAAUUUCCUGAACCGGAAUCGUGGACAAUCGAACUCGGCAAUUCCAACUGCGGCGGAUGUUGAAAACGCAUUAACUCCGCUGUUCGAUUAUUUCAAUGACAACUUUGCCAUUAUGAACAAGACGCUCACGUCUGAAGCAAUGAAGAUGGUUAUGGCCCGUCUAUGGAAAGAGGUACUGGCUACCAUUGAGAGUCUACUUGUGCCACCUUUGUCGGACAAACCAUCGCAUCAGAAGCCUCUUACGAUGCAAGAGGUAGAUAUCGUAUCACGCUGGCUCGUGCUCCUCCUGAACUUCUUCCACGCCAUCGACGAUGAGACCGGCGAGGCACACGGCGUCUCGAUCGACAUCCUGAAAUCACCUAAGUACCACGACAUCCAAUCCAUAAACUUCUUCUACUUCGAACCCACCGACAGCCUAAUCCGCACAUCGGAGCGAAUGGCCUCAGUCACAAUCUCCCGACAACAAGCCAACAAAAACCGCGUCUCCGCACCACCACACCUCAGCGCCGGAGGCACAGGAGGCUUUCUGGGUGUUCCAAGCGUCCGACGCGCCAAGAGCAUCAUGCUUUCCCGGAACCUGGGAACAAUGAAGAAGCUGAAAGAGGAGAAGUGGCGCGAAGCCCAGGCAGAGCCAAACGACGACAUGAUCCUGCGUAUUCUCCGUAUGCGGCCCGAAGCAGCUGGAUAUCUGCGCGACCGGAGCCGUCAAAAGGAGAGACUUGCCGCUGCCGCGGCUGCGGAUGCCAUCGUGAAGCAGAGUCUUAUGGCCGGUGCAGGUGGACGGAUGACGGGGACGCUUGGACGGCGGUAA